AUGUCGAUGAAAUCGAAGUGUUACUUUCAGGAGCAUGCACUGGCGGAUGAUGUUUCUGGGCCCCUUGGAGAGCUCGCCUAUGAUGAGAAUCUGAAUGAGGUAGCAGACAUUGGAUCGGAUGUCGAUGAAAUCGAAGGUAUGGAUGCAACUACGGCAUCCACUAUGGUUUCGACUUUACAAGACGAUAAAAUAAUGCCUUCACGUCGGAAAUGUAGCACGAAACCAUCUGCAAGAACCGCAUCUAUAAAGCGCGGUAAAGUGCAAAUGAGUAAGAGAAAGGGACGAACCGAGACAAGAAGCACCACACAAGCAAGCGACAUCAUCAUCGACCAAACAAAACACCCAGAGGAUCUUCGCCGAAGUGAACGCUUUCAAACAACUGGACGUUAA